AUGACUGUUUCAUUAGAUCGACAAAUCAGCAAGUUCCAGGCAAAAGUACAACAAGAACUUACAUUAAAAGAUGAUGAAAUUGAGCGCCUUAAACAUGAUAUUGUUCAAACUAAUGCAGAAAUUGCUCAAAUUGAAGAUCAGAUAAAUAUUGAGAAAGACAAAUACAAUCAUCAAGAAGCCAAAGUAGUAGGAAAGGAAAGAAAGCAAAAGGCAUCAAUUGAGACAAUCAAAACAAGAUUAAAUACGAGUCAUUCAGAAAGAAUAUAUCAAAUUACACAACAACAGAGCGAAGUGAUUAAUGAAAUACAUCAAGAGUUUGAAACGAAGCUAGCUCAAAUUGAGCAAUAUUCAGAUGCACUUACUCAACAAAGAACUAAAGGAAUCACCGACGAAAUCAAGAAAACAAAAGAAAUGAUUGAUAAAGUAAAACAAAAGAUAUCCGAUCAAGAAAAACGAGGCCAUUCAGAUACAGAAGACGAAAUCAUGGAGAAUCAAGAAAUUGAAAUUAAUCGUGUUAAAGCUCUUGAAAAUGCACUCAAAGACAAAAACAAAGAGCGUUACGAAUCACUCAUGUCGGCUAAACAACAAUUAUCUCAAUGCGUUACUACACUAGAAGAAAGUGAAAAGGAACACAGAAUUAAUUUGGAUAAUCUCCUCCAGAAACUCCGGCAGCUUGAUGAAAAGUACAAAGAUAGACUUAAAAGAAUGAAAGAUGUUCAUGAACGUGAAAUAGAGCCUCUUAAACGCAGAAAAUCCGAAGUUGAAAAAAGAAUCUCAGCUGCAAUGAGACAAAUGGAUUCUAUGGAUGCUCAGCAUCGCAGACAAAUAGAAUCUGUUGUUACACAAGGUGAGCAACUCAAGCUUGAAUACCAAAAUGCCAUUACAAAAGGAGCUCAGCUUCAACAAGAAGAUGAUAAAAUAAGAACACAAACGCAGAAAUUGCAACAACUCACACAAACUCUCGAGCAACGUGAUAAACAGCUUGCAGAAGUUAGACAGCAGAAUGAAUCCAUGAAGAGAGAAGUUAUGAGAUUAAAACAUGAGGCAAAAGUUGCAAAGCGAAGAGCCCAUUUGAACAUUUGA